AUGUCACAGACGGAGCAGGAGGAAGACGUUGAAAUGGGAGACGUCGAAGACGUACCCCAUGCGCCCCCAGAGAUCGGCAUACUCACCAAGACAGUCGUUGGAAGUCCACUUUACAGUGCGAUCAUACCAGCCAACAUUCGACACAAAGAUCUCGAUGAUGUGGUUUUUGUUGGCGAAGACUUUGUCCAGCUCAAGGAAAUCUGCGAUUAUGGGCAUCUUCGACACAUCGCCACCAAAUCUGACUUCAAAGGCAAAAUUCUGGCGGCUAAGGCAUUUGGCGAUCCCCGGAAAGUACAAAUCAACACUUCCGAGCAAAGUCCACUCCUGAAGAGAGCCUCUCUCCACCGUGGACGAAGAUCUACAACAGGGGAAGAACCGAAUACUCUGCCACUCGAGGUCAUCGUCCUGACGCUCAGCACGAGGACACUCAUGUUCUUAUGGGCAAAAGCUAAUCAUAUAGGCCCAACGACCUUUGCCCAAAAAAUGAUUCAACUACCGACAGCGACGUCACGGUUCAACCGACCGGGUCAAUUCCUAGCGAUAGAUCCACGAUGCCGCGCUAUAGCCGUCGCCGCUUACGAAGGCUGCUUCAUGCUGUACAAGACGAAGACGAUGGAUGUAUGGCGACGUGAUGUGCAAGCAGGACGUGAGGAGGCUCCUAUAAUCGAAGAGGAACAGUACCCGAUCAAGGGCCGGAUCAUGCAUAUGGACUUUCUUUCACCAGGAGACGAUGCUCAUGUAGUUUUGAUCUUCGUUCUGGUCGACGGAGGCAAGAUCAAGGUAGCAACGUACGACUGGGAUUUUAGAAACAGUCUCGAUACCGUGCCUAGGACAACUAGGUCCGCACUGUAUUUUGAUGACGGCAAUCCAUCUCUCCUCAUUCCACUCAGCCGUAGCACCGACUUCCUACUGGUCCAAAACAAGUACAUCUCCGUGUGCAAAGGAGUGUUGGCCGGGCCUCCGGAUAUUUCCCGCCAUCAAAUCCAGCCUCGUUUCCUAGAGCCUCUUCGACCUGGCAGCAACACAUGCCAACCGCUGUGGGUUCAAUGGGAUCGAGCACCUCGAAAUCCUGACUUCGCGAAAGAAGCCUUCUACUUGGCACGAGAAGAUGGUGUCGUCAUCUACGUAGAGCUUGGCGAUAUUGCAGGCUCGCUCGAUAUCUCCUACGCCGGGAGUUGGGCAUAUCCAAUCGACACCGCCUUUGCAUGCCUCAAAGCCGAUAGCUCGGAGUUUGCGCAGUCGUAUCCUGAUGUACUUGUUGCCGGAGGGCACGGAAGUGAUGGGCACAUAUGCAAAGUAGGCGCAUGGCCAAAAGAAUAUGCGGAUAAGGUACCGUACUCGCAGGCAUACGCUUUCGGAUUGGUGGAAUCUUUACCAAAUUGGGCACCACUCACCGACUUUGCUGUAACCCGCCUUAGUAACUUGCCACUUCCGCAUGAUCGGAAACGGGCAAAUAUCUUUGUUUCCAACGGCAAAGCUCCCCAUGGAGAGGUAUCGCAGCUUCGAAGAGGGCUACGGUCUCUUGUCGACGAUUCUUUCGAAGGGUUGAAGGGAACCACAGGGUUGUGGAUCGUUGAUCACGGCAGCACCACCUUGGAGCAAGAUGGCCACCCGAUGAGACAAGACUACGCGAUACUUGUUGUCAACGCUCCUCCAGAGACCCUAGUUUUACGCGCUUCUCGUACGCAAGAGGAAGGGUCGUAUAGACAAGGUGGUUCGGGAAGCGCUUGGGAUGGUGCGGUGUGGGAGACCGAUCAACCAACUCAGGACGGUCUGAUACGCGACGCAGAAACUAUCUCCGCUUGUUCAAUGACUGAUAGCUUGUCUGUUCAGAUCACUUAUCAGGAAGCUGUGCUUCUCCGGCGCCCACAAUUGAAUCGCGUUAGCUCAAUCGCUUUUCCUAAUGCGCUAUUACAGGCGGCUUCGAAACCAGGCAUUCCUUUCGUCGUAGUCACUUUUCAUGAUGGAUCAAACUCUAUCCUUCAAGUCAUACCAGCGUUGGAGGGGAAAGCCUUCGAGGUCCCCAAUGACAAGGGGAGCCGGUGGACUCUCCCCGAUGAUCCUACCUGCAUCGAUAUACUGGUCUCCGGCGAUGGUCCUCUCAUCUUCGUAGGGAUCAGAGGCGUCGGAUUUGCCCUGUUCGCGGUUAGCGAGGAGGGUCUGCUCGCGCAGAUUUGCCGCACCGACGUACCUUCAGCUGGACCUUUAGGCCUGCAACAGGUGUAUGAGAGUGCUGUGCUCAUAACCACACGUGGGCACGAGAAGCUCGUGUGCGGUACGAGGACUGGCUUGUUGAUCUGCGUAGACCUGACAGGCACUAGGGCGUCCGCCUCCGAUUCACCUCCGCCCUCAGUUACGAGGAUGGGGGAUACAGCCGUGUAUGUCACCCCAAAUAAACUCGACAGCUCGACUGCAUUUGUAGCUUGUGGUGCCGACUUUUGUCGGAUCCACAUGUCUGAUCGUGAUCUUGGCGCGGGCAUCGACUCUAUAUGGCUCGACGAUCCUCAGAACCCAGCCUAUCUUCAAGGAGCUCUUAGUGCCAUGGAUCAAGUUCCCUUGACGUCAGCUUUUGGCAAAGAGUUGGGUGGCUUUAUCUUUGCUGUGUUUGGAGACCGCAUGGUCUACGCUCGAUUAGACUAUGACAUCCAGUGGUCAGGCCAGGCUGCCGCCCCUUUGGCACUAGAAGAUGGGAAGAUCCUCCCACGGAAAUUGCCCACCACACAAACCCCAAUCAAGCUUUUGGUGCCAGACGACUUGCCACAUCACAUGAUUGUGGUCACCAACGAGUUCGAAGUGGGCCAAGACAGAGAACAAAGUGGUCAAUACAGGAGAGUCAUGCUGUCCAGCAUCAAAGUUAUAGACCUACUCGCCGAUAAAACGACCCCUGAAGUCGAGAUCAAAGGUGAAUUUGUGCCUGGCACGCCGAAGAGCAAAGUUGCGAGGUCCGAAAUACCCUUGAAGCAUUACGAACGUGUGCAUUCAAUGGUCAGAUGGGUGUUUUCGGCCGAUGAGAAUCGCCAGCAUGCGCUGCUCUUGGUCGGCACUGAACUGAAUCCACCUGAGGGAGACUCAAAAGGACGCAGACUCGUUUUGAACAUUACCAAAUCCGGCCUUAAACUACAAGAUAAGAAGCGGUUCGAUGAGGCUGUACGCUGCAUAGCUGGUUACGACAGCCAGCACAUCAUCAGCAUCGUUGGGUCUACGCUGCAAAUCGAGCAGAUAGAACGUACCGAGGCAGCCAGAUGGAAACGACGAGCACACAUAGACCUACCUUCCCCUGGGGUCCACAUGACAGUUAGCAACAAUCUAGUUUACGUCUCGACCAGUCACGACUCUCACCUCUGCUUCGGGAUCAAAAAGGUAUAUUCGCCACAGGGCGAAACCUUUGAGAUCACCCCGCUCUUCAGCGACUCGCGGCAGCGCAAUUCUCUGCGCCAUCUUGUAUACAAAGUGGCUAACACAUCGAACUGCACAAUAUCGAGUGUACAUAAAGAGGCCACAAUCGCUCUGGUCACGGACAAGAGUGCCUCUGUCAGUGGUCUACUUCAACCUCUCCAUACUUCGAAGAAAAGCGCCACCACGACUUUGUUUGAGGCGUGCCUUCCGCGCUCGGUCAUUCGUAUCCAACGUGGUAACAUUCGCCCGCCGUGGCGCCGCCACUACAAUCGUAAAUUUCCUGAUGAAGCCGCUCCUUAUGGCGUCCUCAAUGACGAUAUAAUCGGCGCCUGUACAGACGGCACCAUCAUAAGUUUCACAACCAUCAACUAUGGUGCACUGAACUUCCUCCGCCUGCUGCAAAAUCUCAUUGAGGUGAAACAAAGGAAAGACCCUGGACUGCAGUUCAGCACUGUUCAAAAGAGGAGCGGACACGUAUAUAACCUUUUGCAAAGCGGAGCGGAGGGUGCACAGGAAAUUAACAUCUUAGCGAGAGAGGUGGACCCGGAAUUUCAACGCAGAGGUCCAGGAGCGCCGAGAUUCAGGCACGUAGAUGGAGACCUUCUGACCAGAUUCUUCGAGCAGGGUGGUAGUGUGAGGGACUUGGUUGAGUCAGGGUGUGACGAGGACGUUUGGAUGUUGUUCCUGUCUAUGGACCCGGGGAGGUUUACAGAGCUUGAAGGCAGAAGUAAGGAGGUGGCUACGCAGGCGGUGGAGGAGUGGGUCAAGAGUAUCCUCCUGCCACUGUUAUGA